AUGCAAAGAAAAUUUCUCUCUCUUAUUUUAAUAAUUUUUCUUGUCUCUAUUUUAGACUAUCCAUUACGUUCUCCAUCCAGCACCAACAUUCAUCCGAAUGCUCGAUGGCAACAAAAUGGUAUCACUGUAGCUGGAGGAAAUCGAAAAGGCAAUGGAAUCAAUCAACUCUCAGACCCAUUGGGUUUGUACGUUGAUGAUGAUCAAACUGUAUGUGUUGCUGAUCGAGCGAACCAUCGUAUUGUGGAAUGGAAACAAGGUGCAACGAAUGGCCAAGUGGUUGCCGGUGGAAAUGGACAAGGAAGUGGAGAUCAUCAAUUGAAUAACCCAUAUGAUGUGAUUAUCGACAAAGAGAGAGAUAGUCUCAUCAUAUGCGAUCGUUGGAAUAGAAGAGUGAUUCGAUGCCCUCGUCCAAAUAGGACAAGUGGAGAAACAAUCAUCUCCAACAUCUUAUGUGUGGGUUUGACAAUGGACGAGAAUGGAUCUCUCUAUGUCAUUGAUGUUGGAAAACAUGAAGUGAGACGAUAUCGAAGAGGAGAAUCUCAAGGAACAGUGGUUGCAGGUAGCAAUGGACGUGGAAAUCGUCUCGAUCAACUCUCUUCCCCACGAUACGUAUUCGUCGAUCGAGAUCAUUCAGUGUACGUAUCUGAUGAGAGAAAUCAUCGUGUGAUGAAAUGGAUGGAAGGUGCAAAACAAGGCAUUGUCGUGGCUGGUGGUCAAGAAAAAGGAAAUGGUCUUACACAAUUGUCAUCUCCUCAAGGAGUCGUUGUCGAUCAAUUAGGCACUGUCUAUGUGGCUGAUUGGGGGAAUAAUCGAAUCAUGCGUUGGCAUAAAGGAGCCACACAAGGAAGUGUCAUUGUUGGUAGAAACGGUAGGGGAGGACAAUCGAACCAACUCAAUGGACCCAUCGGCUUGUCAUUCGAUCGACACGGUAAUCUCUAUGUUGUCGAUAACGUAAAUGCUAGAGUCCAAAAAUUCGAACUUCAAUCCAAUCCAAAGUGAACCCAAAAACAUACAAAUAACAUUCUAAAAAACUUUCAUAAGCGACUCACCCAAGUAAUUAAUUAAUUAAUUAACGAAACUAAAAAUUAAUUAACACUAAAUUAUAAUUAUACCAUGAAGAAUAAAUAAAAGUAACCUUAAUUAGAUGUAAAAACACACAUUCUAUACUACCAACCCUUAAACACACGUAAAAACGGAAACAACAAAAACAUUACGACGACCUGGCUGACUUUCCUCAAAACGGAAACCUUGGAUUUUCCCCGCCGAUUUCAAGGAUAACAUGAGAGAAAACAAAGUCUGGCAUUUCGAAUAUACUACAUCAUGAUGCAUUCCAUCAGAUUCGAAGUAUUCCAAAAGAUCGUGAAGUGGGAACCCAUGCAACAGUGGACCUCCCUGAAAAUCCCUAUGGUCGACAUAGCACUUUCACACGAUACCAAAGAUUCGAAGGAUUCCAUGACAUAAAACAAAGUCUGGCAUUUAGAAUAUUGUAGAUCAUGAUGAAUUCUAUCAGAUUCGAAGGAUUCCAAAAGAUCAUGAACUGGGAACCCAUGCAACUGUGCACCUCCUAAAAAUCCCUAUGGUCUCCAUAGGACUUUCUCGCGAUACAAAGGAUUCCAAGGAUUCCACGACAGAAAACAAAGUGUGGUAUUUCGAAUAUACUAGAUCAUGAUGAAUUCUAUCAGAUUCGAAGGAUUCCAAAAGAUCGUGAAGUGGGAACUCAUGCAACACUGGACCUCCUGAAAAUCCCUAUGGCUGACAUAGGACUUUCACACGAUACCAAAGAUGCCAAGGAUUCCAUGAUAGAAAACAAAGUCUGGCAUUUAGAAUACUGUUGAUCACGAUGAAUUCUAUCAGAUUCGAAGGAUUCCAAGAGAUCGUGAAGUGGGAUCUCAUGCAACAGUGGACCUCCUGAAAAUCCCUAUGAUCGGCAUAGGACUUUCACACGAUACGAAAGAUUCCAAGGGUUCCAUGAUAGAAAACAAAGUCUGUCAUUUAGAAUAUUGUAGAUCAUGAUGAAUUCUAUCAGACUCGAAGGAUUCCAAAAGAUCGUGAAGUGGGAACCCAUGCAACUGGGGACUUUCUUAAAAUCUCUACGGUCACCAUUUUAUUUUCGGAGGAAAGCAGGAAUUCCAAGGAUUCCAUGAUAGAAACAAUGUCUGGUAUUUCGAAUGUUGUAAAUUGUGAGGAAUUCUUGCGGAUUCGAAGGAUUGUAAAAGAUGCUGAAGAUGAAAACCUUGUGAAUUGUGGUAUCCUAGUUAGUGUCGCUGGUGACUAUUAAGGUAUUGGAGGAUACCACAUGUUCGAAUCGUGAGAUGAUAGGAAAGAGUAUGGUGUAAGGAGAAUAUGAUGGGUCAUGAUCGAUUGUAUCAGAUUGCUGGGAUUCCAAAGGAAUUCGAAGUGGCAACCCGUUCAAAUCGUGAUAUCCUGGCAGCGGCUGUUGUUAGUAUAGGUCUUCGAUAGCUUAUGAUAGAUUGUAGGUGAUCAAGAAAUAUAUGAUAUACAGGGCCUUGUGGUUCAUGAUGGAUUAUAUAUGAUUCCAAGGAUGCUAAAUGCGCUGGAAGUGUGAAACGGCACAGAAGAGUAUGUUCUGAAAACCUCCGUUGUGUACACAAUGGUUCUCAGCAGCAACGAAGGUCUCCAUGGAUUUCAUGGCAGUAGAAAUGUCUGGGUCUGAGAAUGUUGCAGUCCAUAAGGGAAUGUAUCAGUUUGGAAGAUGUCGACAACAUCAAGACGCGAAACGACAUUGAAAUUGAGAUCGUUCGAAUAUCCGUCUAUAGGGUAUGGCAGUAUUAUAGAUAUCCAAGGAUUCCGAGGAUCGGAUGGCUUUGAGUAGUGGCUUUUAUGGAUAAUAGUCAAGUUCAUUUUGGAUUCUAUGAUAUGUCAAGUACUCCAGGCAGAGAUGAAAAUAUUCUUAUUUUCUUCACAGGUUGCUGGCACUUGAUAGCCUAUGAAGGUUUUUGUGGUCGUAUGCCUGUCUUUGAUUUUCAUUGGCCUGGCUUGCCUGCUUGAUGAGUCGGGUCUUUGCUUUUUGUGUACCAAUAAUUGGAUAAUAAUUGAGUGGAAGUAGAAAACUGUCUUCGUAAGAAGAGAGAAAAGUGUUUUAAUAUCAAAAUAACAUGACGAAAUGAAACACCUAUUCAUUCAUUGAGGUAUAUCAGUAUUGAAUGGACACAAGACCGAAGCUUUCACCGUUGAGGAAAAGCUGCUUUUCAACUUUAAUCGUCUUACGUAAUUUUUUGAAGAAAUGGACGAUGAGUUUUUAGUGGGGAUGCAUAAGAAACUACAAAUAUGUAAUACUACCUAAAUGUUUGAUGUAAAACUUUUGGAACAACCAUUUAACAAGUGUGAUCCUUAAUCUACCGAAACGUAUAAAUAAACUAAAUAAAGGAAUGGACAAUGAACAAUUGAAUGAUAAUUUAUUGUUAUUCCUGAUUAUGCUGAGUCAAACUGAUACAAAAAUUAUUUCUUACAUUCCAGAGCAAAAAUUCUCUACAUUUUAUUUUGAAAUUUACACUUUCUACUCAAGAAAUGAAGUUGUUUUUAUUGAAAAUGCAGAAAAUGCACGUCAGGUAGGCCCCAUAGACUGUUUGACCCUCCUGAUUUCAAAAAAUCUCGAGCUGAAAGAUGAAUGAAAUCAUGUUCUUCCAGAAACUUGUUAUAGAGAUUAUAGAACUAUUAUCGCACAGCAGCGA